CUGAACAAUUUCGUCGUGAGAGUCCCCUUUGAAUUCUGCUAGGAUGACUGGGAUGUCAAAAGAAGCAUAUUAGGAGGACAUGUCUCGGAAAGGAAGUGUUUUUGAGAGAUUAGGAGGUGGUGGACAUAGAUCUUAUGACAGAUCUGCUAGCAGUGAGGAGGGUAUGCAGCUGUGUUCAUAUUUCAUCAAGCAUGGUCGCUGUAGCUAUGGGGAUAACUGCAAGUUCAGCCAUGACAUUGAUGCAAGGGGUGAAGAUGAGCAAGAUCUAAGGCGACGCAUGAAACGAAGACGUAGCGAGUCAGCAUCCCCAGAGAGGCGUCGGAGAUCCAGUACAAAAGAUAAGGAUAAGAUGAAGUCUACAGCUGUAAUUGUAUCGAAGCAUGGAAAAUACAGUAGCGAUGAGGAGACCUCUGCCAAUUGGGAGAGACCAGCUGGUGAGGAGCAUACAUUAGACUUUAAGACAGAGUUAAUGCUGGUGAAGAAGAGACAAGAGCUACAGAGGGAGCUGAAGCGUCUCCAGGACACGGACAGUGCAGCAAACUCUCCUGCUCAGCAAAUUAUGAUCGAAGCACAGAGAACAUCAUCAGACUCUGAGCCAGAACAUGUGAUGCACAAAAGAAAGAAGAAACAUUCUAGUACAUUGAUAGAAGAACCACUGCCUCUGCACAAAAAGAAGAAAGAAAAGAAGAAAAAAGAGAAGAAACGUGAGGAGAAGAAAUUGACUCCUACAGGAGGAAGUAGAUUGAAGGUGGUGCAACACUUCAGGACACCCAGCCCUGAAGACAUAGUGAGGGAUAAGAAAAAACAUAAAGACCCAGAGAAAAAGAAGAAAGUAAGGUCUAAAACAAAAUCUCCCAAGGUCAGCUAUGACAGCGCAGAUGACGACAUUCCUCUUGUAACAAGCAAGAAACCAAGGAAACACACCCCCAGGGAGGAUUCUCCACCAGAAAUAAAACCAAUCCCUUAUGAGAAAAUUGAACCAGUAAAACCACCCAAGAAAUCAAAAGAGAAAUCAAAGAAAAAGCGCUCCUCGACACCAUUGUAUGAUGAUGAGUCUGAUGAUGACAGACACGGUGGUUAUUCUCCAGAGAAACAAAGGAGACUGGAAAAAUAUGAGGAAGCCAGGAGAAGAGCAGAGAGACUUGAGGCAGCUCAAAUAGUAAAGGAGUUAAGAGAGCAGCAGAAGCCUAAAUAUGUUCUGCCAGGCUCUAAGAGACCUGACACCCCGGAAGGUGAAUAUCGAAGAAAGCGUAAAACUACAAAAUAUUCGGAUGAAGAGAGGUCAAGGUCACCAGAAGAAACUAGAAAGUCACGGAGGAAGUCCCCAUCGGAGUCUCGUGAUAAAUCACAGUAUAGACAAAAGUACCAUGAAGAAGAACGCCGGAGGCAGAAAGCCCCAAGGGAAGAAUCGCGAGGACGUAGACGCCGAUCACAAUCUGAGGACCAUUCCCCAUAUGAGGAGAGGGAACCAAGACAACAUUCUAGGUCACAUCGCAGUAGAUCCAUCAAUCGUGGAAAAGGCAAUCGCUCCCCUGAGGCUACAAAGCACCGUGAACGUUCCCCAAGUGACUAUCGAGGCAAGGGUCGGGAGAGACAGAGAGAUGUUUCGCCUAGAGACUAUAGGAAAGACUCCCCCGAUGAACCAAGAUCAAGGAAAGUUCAGUAUUCGCCAGACCGCAUGGAUUAUGAGAGAGGAAGAGAUCCACGACGAAGAGAUGACACCCCACCAUCAACAUCCAGACGUGGUUCUCCUAUUGACAGUAGAAGUCGUCAUGACCAAUCAGAUGAUAGAAGAAGAGGAGGGGUUUCCCCUGACCCUAGACGUAGAGGCAGGUCUCUCACCCCGCCUGAUCACCCAAGAGGGGUCCCUCCCCCCAGGAUUCCUACCCCACCAAGAGAUGAUUAUAAUAAACGUGGAGAAAAUCGGGAGGAUGACAGAUAUUUUAAUCGAAAUGAGCGGGAUACUAGAGGUGAAAACAGAGACCGGGACAGAUAUGACCGUUACUCUAGUAACCCAGCUGCACCACCAGAGAGGCCUUUGUAUGAUCGCUAUGGCAACAAAAUACAAGAACGAGACGAGUUUGACCGAGGCAACAGAUAUGGGGAUAAACAGCGAUUUCAGGAUCGGCAAGGAGGUAGAGAGGAGGAAUAUCCUGAUCGAAGACCUGACAGACAUCCUGGAAAUGAGAGGGAGCCUCCAGGAAGGUACUAUCCUAACAGAGAUCGUAACUCAGAACGUGAUCUGACACCAUAUGAGCGUGAUAGGAUGAGAACUCAACCUGGUGGUGGAUUCCCAGAUAGACCAGAUGAAAGAGAUAGAUCACGAGGACUGGAUGAUCGUCUUAGAGGCCCAGAUGAACGUUCCAGAGGCCCCGAUGAACGUUCAAGAGGCCCUGAUGAACGUUCAAGAGGCCCUGAUGAACGUUCCAGAGGCCCUGAUGACCGUCCACCUAGAGGAGCGGAAGACUGGCAUGGUGGCCCAGAUGACCGACCUCCAAGAAGCUCCAAUGACCGACCACCUCGGGGACCAGAUGAUCGAAUGCGGGGACCAGGCAGUGAAGAUGGCAGACAAAAAGAGUGGGAAGGAAAGUUCCUCGAACAGCCUGCAGGCAAGGAGGGAAGAGGUAGAGCAGAUCAGCAAGAAAGGAGAAAGGACAGGGAGCCAAGGCCAUAUGAUGAUAAUGAUUUAACACCAUAUGAACGUGCUAUGAGGAAGCGUGCUCUUGAUGAGGGGCCUGAGGCAUCUCCUAACAAGCGACGACGUGCAGAUGUGUCUCCCACACCCUCUGGAAGGAGUGUAGGCAGGUCUGACAGAGGCAGGGAUAACAAGAGGGAUGAAGGGGAUUCAAGACCAAAGAGGUCAUCAUCUUCAGAUUCUAGCAGGAAGUCAAGAAUAUAUGAUGACAGUCGCCGUAAAGAUGAUGAUAAACAGGAUGAUGACCGUAGGAGGAAGACAGACUCUGAUAGGUCUAAAGUUGGGGACAGAUCAGACAGAGAGAACGACCGCAAGACUCCAGAGGAUAGUAAAGCCUCGACAGAGUUGGACCAGAAACAAGGAUCUGGUGGCGAGAAGAAUGAACCAAGUAGCACAGUUGCUGGAGAAGGUUAUGAGUCUAUAUCUGAUGAUGAGGAGGACUGGGAAAACAUACUGAAAGGUGGUGAUGAAAUGGACGUCACUGAAGACAAACCAAAGUCUGUAGACAUUCUUGAUAUUGACUGGGCGAGUUUGAAAAAAGAAGUUGCCCCCAAACCAACCACACACAGUUCUGCUCUUAAGAGAUUCACUCCUGGUGAGAUAUUCUCUAAUAUUGGAGUGUCUCGGGAAUUAGCAGGUGACAAUCUCUUUGAGAAAGUUCAGACCGUAUGCCGGGAACAGAUGGAACAGAAUUCCACAGAGCAAGAAAAUACUGCAGAAAAUGAGAGCAUUGGGGUAAAACUGGAAACUGGUGAUAUCAAACAAGAAAAUCCACAGCAAGAUACAGACAAUAUAAAACAAGAACUUCCUAACGCUGAUGUAAAAGCUAAGACUAAACCAAAGAGAUCAGCGGAAAAGUUUGAAUUCUUGCAUAAUGUAGCCCAGCUCCAUGCAUCUGAAUUAGUAAGGAGGAAAAAUAGGGAGGCAUUAAUGUGCAAUGUUGGACCAUAUAGAAGAGCAUUGUGUGCCAGACGUGACCUUCAGAUACGCAGAGAACUUUGCAAGACUACCAAGAAUAUGGAUCAUAUCUACAUCCCCCCAUCAGUAGACCCAAAUUUGUUGAAGCUUAGUCUACAACUUCUGCUUGAGGACUCAUCACUUAACCAAGUACAACCAAGCAGUGCGUAAAGUCUAGCAAAUGUCUGUACAACAUAAUUUGGACUGUGUGAAGGCCAGCAAGUAAACAAAACAAGUACUGUUUUAAGCCCAAGUACUGUGUAAAGCCUGGCAACUGAACUUUACAAAUACUAUGUUUAGCCUAGCAAGUGACUUUUUAACAUUACACAUAACAAGUAUUGUGUACAGCCCAGCAAGUGAUU